AUGGGAAUGCUUGGAUCCAUACCUCAGAAACAAGCGCAGGUUCUCAUGCUGGGCCUGAACGGCUCGGGAAAGACCACCCUGCUGUACAAACUAAAAUACAACGAGAGCGUGGUUACGGUGCCAACGGUGGGCUUCAAUGUGGAGUCUCUGGAGACGCAUGGGAGCGGCCCCGGACUGACGGUGUGGGAUGUUGGGGGUCAGAAGAAGAUGAGGCCCCACUGGAAGAAUCACGUCCAAGACACAGCUGGACUGAUGUUCGUGAUGGACAGUCGAGAUGAGGAGAGGCUGGACGAGGCUCGCAAAGAACUUCAUCGGGUCCUGAGAUACAACAGUCUCAGAGGAGUUCCUCUUGUCAUUCUGGCCAACAAACAGGACCUGCCAGGUGCUCUGAGCCCAGAAGCACUCUGCCUGAAACUGGGCUUGAAGGGGGCGUGUGACGGCAGGGCAUGGUUCAUCCAGCCCUGCUCUGGCACCACUGGUAUGGGACUGGAAGAUGGUUUCAGGAGAAUGGUUUACCUGAUGAAAACUCCACUCAAACGGACUCAAGAGGACAUUGGGGUUAAGAUGAGAUCUCGAGGCUUCAGUUUCACUGCGGUGAAACGAGCUUUGCUCUGUGGCAGCUGA